CCCCCCUCUGUCUUUUUCUCUCUCUCAUACACGAAAAACACUCAUUCAUUCCGUUCCGUUCAUGGAUUCCCCUUCUCGCUCUUCCGUCAUCAUAGUCGGUGCCGGAGUCUCCGGAAUAUCGGCGGCGAAGAUUUUAGCGGAGAACGGAGUGGAGGACCUGGUGAUUCUUGAAGCUUCGGACCGAAUCGGCGGGAGGAUCAGAAAGGAGGAUUUUGGGGGCGUGUCGGUGGAGCUCGGGGCGGGGUGGAUCGCCGGAGUCGGAGGCAAAGAGUCAAACCCCGUCUGGGAGCUCGCCAACCAAUCCGACCUCCGCACCCGCUUCUCCGACUACAGCAAUGCCCGCUACAACAUCUACGACCGCAGCGGCAAGAUUUUCCCGAGCGGAAUCGCGGCCGACUCGUACAAGAAGGCGGUGGACUCGGCGAUUCAACAACUAAGGAGAGAGGAGGCGAUCCGGGAAUCGAUCCGGGGUUGCGGUUGCGACGUCACCAGAGUAACCGAACCACCUUCUGCUCCGAAAACGCCGAUAGAGCUCGCCAUUGACUUCAUCUUGCAUGAUUUUGAGAUGGCAGAGGUUGAGCCAAUAUCAACUUUCGUAGAUUUCGGGGAACGCGAAUAUUUAGUCGCAGAUCAAAGAGGGUAUGAGUAUUUGCUAUACAAGAUGGCUGAGGAUUUUCUUUGUACCUCUGAGGGUAAAAUCUUGGACAGUCGUCUCAAACUAAACAAGGUUGUUCGGGAAUUACAGCACUCGAGAAACGGCGUGAAGGUAAUAACGGAGGAUGGUUGCGUCUACGAAGCCAAUUACGUCGUUUUGUCUGUCAGCAUCGGUGUUCUCCAAAGCGACCUCAUUUCCUUCAGACCUCCCUUGCCCAGGUGGAAAAUGGAGGCCAUAGAGACAUGUGACGUGAUGGUGUACACAAAGAUCUUCUUAAAAUUUCCGCACAAGUUCUGGCCAUGUGGACCUGAAAAAGAGUUCUUCAUCUAUGCCCACGAGAGGAGGGGCUACUACACGUUCUGGCAGCACAUGGAGAAUGCAUUCCCGGGUUCAAAUAUCCUGGUCGUAACAUUGACGAAUGGGGAAUCAAAACGUGUGGAGGCUCAACCUGAUGAAGAAACAUUGAAAGAAGCUAUGGGAGUGCUUAGGGUCAUGUUUGGACCCAACAUACCUAAUGCCACUGAUAUACUAGUGCCUCGCUGGUGGAAUAAUAGGUUCCAGCGUGGCAGCUACAGCAACUAUCCCAUAAUUCCCAAUCCCCAACUUGUUCAAAACAUUAAGGCCCCAGUGGGACGCAUCUUCUUUACCGGUGAACACACAAGCGAAAGAUUUAAUGGUUACGUGCAUGGUGGAUACCUAGCAGGUAUCGACACUGGUACUUCUUUACUAGAAGAAAUAAGGAAAGGAAGAAAAGGCGAGAGUCAAAAUCAUUUGCUAGAGCCCUUGCUGGCCUUGACUGGGUCAUUAACCUUGAGACGCAGACAGAAGCAGUCUCAAGUCUACACAAAUGUGACAUACCCACGCAACUUUAUCUUAGUGGCAAGCUUGGUCUUCCUGAAGCUAUAUUAUGACUAUAUGGAACCAUAGAGAAACCCCACUUUGUUGUUGAUGAUGAUGAUGAAAUUAUUUCGAACGCAACUGAUGGCCGGAGAGAUUUGGAUCUAAAUUCAGAUCAAGCUCUUGAUUGGAUCCAGCGGGAAGAGUGAAGCAAGUCAAAGAUACAAAGGCACGAAGAUGGGGGAGGACGUGCAAAAGGUUGCAAGUACCGUUCUCCUCAUGUGUAGUUGCAACUUGCAACAA